AUGCUUUCCGACAGUUCAGACGACUUGCUUCGCCGCGGCGGGCUUGCUCUGGAACCCUACACAUCCCCCUUCUUCAAUCCACACAUUCGCGGCGGCAACGCCAUUCCCCUUGCUGCCUUCUCCGCCCAGCCGAACACUCUCGGGCUCGUCGCAGAAGAUGACGGCGCGCCCAUUCUAGGCGUGCCAGUAUUCCGAGACGACUUCUUCCACCCCCACAGCUCAACGAAGCAGAUCGGCGAUUACGAGUACGCUACGGGCUGGGUCAAGAAGCCCUCUGGCGAAAUUGUAUAUGUCGACACUGGUGUUAUCAAGGAGAUAAUAGAUGAAGAGGACGACAGUGCGAGUGUCUCUGGGUCGACUAUGCCUCUUCCAGCAGAUAUUCCAGCACCCCCUCGACCAGAUCCGCGAUCAAGAACACUUCAACUGCUCCCAGAUGAUGAUUGGUAUCCCCGACCGCACAUGGUACGCGCCCUGGAAUCGCCAUUGUUGUCGUGUACCACGUCUGGGGUAAAUGAGGACGAUGAUUCGACGUUAAGCGAUUUUGGGAUAUACGCGUUCCACAACGCCGGACCUCACAUCCCCCUCUCGCCGUCCUCGCCCCGCACUAGCUCGACCGACCAAUCUCCCUCGAAGCCACGACUCCCUGAUCCGACAUUAUCACCAGUUAGCCAUGCCGCAGCAUCUCCGCCGUUGGUAUCAUCAACAUGGGCACCAUCAGUGAUCCCCGAAUGGCAGAUCCUGGUUUCGCAGAACUUGGAGAUGCUGCAUUGCGCAGCGGUCGAGGUGGCGGCUUUCCAGCAGGGAAUUGAGGGACAGGGUAGUGAUUUCCACCUGCUCGACUGUGUCCAUAUGUGCCAGCGCGUCAAGGCCGCCAUCGUUUCGACAACCAGUAGCCUGAAGGGGAUAUACUCGAAUACGAAUAAUAAGUGUAUAGAUCAGCUCCUCUCGCUGCAAAGAACCGUCACCCGCCUACGCGACUUGGUCCACCACCUCCAGCCCCUGCGGCUCGACGACAAGCUCUCCCUCUCUAUCUCGAAGUUGGAGGACCACGAGCGCAAGCUGCUGAACCUCGCCGCGAAACUCCAGUGCACGAAACGCCAACGUGUACGCCAUGCGCACGGCCAGACCGCGCAGGCUCACGUGGAGUUUCAUCAGCUGCGCGCGUCGGGCGGCACCAGGGCAACGAUGGACAACAAUAAACGCAUUCCCCGUGUUACGAGACGCCCGUCGAUGACUGGACAAGGGCUCUGA